AAUGCACACAUCCCAUUUGCUUUCCGUUGCUCGUAUUAGCCCUCAUUCCUCUUCUCGAGCGAAAAGGGUUUCCCCUUCCUCCGUCUCCUCCCCGGAUUGCCGGAGAAGCGUCGAGAGAUGGAUUCCCGCUCCGAUUCGACUGGGCCUGCCGUUGGAUCCGCCCAAUCCUCGCAGCAGAGGUCCCCUCGGCCCUUGGAGAAGUUUCAGGAUCUUAUGCUAAGGGUAAGGUCGCACUGGCAAGCUUAUGAAGAUGCCUUAGUUCAUAACGCAAAAGAUGAGUUGCUGGUUGCAUAUGAUCACCCGCUUGAGGCAUGUGGCGUUGUUGUUGUUGCUGGAAUCCUUCUCUUACGAGGGCCUAGAAGGUUCUUGUAUCGUAAAACUUUAGGCCGUUUCAAAACUGAGGAGGAACGACUAACUGACGCUGAAUCAUUUUUAAGAGAAAUAAACGAAUCUGUCACAAAAUUGAAGAAAGAGAGCAAAAAUUUACUUACAAAAGUUAGUUACGGUGAAGAGGACUUGCAUCGUGGAAGGACUAAAAUCAGAGCCGCUGGACAUGAAAUCCAAAGGCUUAACAAAUCCAUCUAUAAGAUAGAAUCUGAAGCAGCAGAUCUGAUGGAGGAACUUCGGACAAUUCCUGGGAGAACUGCACUAGAACUUCGUGCAGAGGUGGCUCCUAUGACAUCUAGUUUGAAAAAUCAGAGGCUUGAACUGAAUGAAAGAGUCACCAAAAUAUCAGAACUUGGGAUUCGAGUUUGAUAAUAAAGUAUUUUGGCCCUAGAGUGGAGAUUUUUAAGAUCCCUCCAACAUGCAAUAAAAAGUACUUAUUCUUGCAUCUACUUUUGCUAGAGAGUUUUUACCGGCUACGCUCAUCGAUUUCCCCUAUUCGCAUAUUGCUUGGAGCACAUCUUUUGUUACAAGUAAACUGGAAAUCCUUAGGUCAGGACAUUGUAUUAUUUAAUGCAGCAAUGAAGACAGUUAAAAAAGUGAUUACAAAAUA